GUACGGCGAGCCGCCUGCCGGUCCUUUAACAAUGGGCGGCGCGAGCGCCCGGGUGCUGGGCCCUAGCUGAGGCGGGGGCUUCGCGGCCGACGGUCCGCGGCAUGAACGCUGCCGGCGCCCCGUGCACGCCGGCCGGGCUGGGGCUCUGAGGGCCGCGGUUCCGGACUGAAGUUGCGGCGUCUGGCCGGGCGCGCCUCCGGCUUCCAUGGAGCUGGAGGGGCAGUGGUGGCGAGGACAGCUGGCUGCGGAUAUUCACCAGGCGCUUCGGUACAAGGAGCUGAAGCUGCCUUCUUACAAGGGCCAGUCUCCUCAGCUGAGCCUCAGGCGGUAUUUUGCUGAUUUGAUUGCCAUUGUGAGCAAUCGCUUCACACUCUGCCCUCCUGCCCGCCAUCUCGCCGUCUACCUGCUGGACCUGUUCAUGGACCGCUAUGACAUCUCGAUUCAGCAGCUACAUUUAGUUGCACUUUCCUGUCUGCUUCUGGCAAGCAAAUUUGAAGAAAAAGAAGACAGCGUGCCUAAGCUGGAGCAGCUCAACAGUCUGGGCUGUAUGACUAACAUGAAUCUAGUGCUCACAAAGCAGACCCUGCUGCAUAUGGAACUGCUACUGUUAGAGACCUUUCAGUGGAACCUCUGCCUGCCCACAGCCGCCCACUUCAUUGAGUACUACCUAUCUGAAGCCGUGCAUGAGACAGACCUUCAUGACGGCUGGCCGAUGGUUUGCUUGGAAAAGACUAAACUCUACAUGGCCAAAUAUGCAGAUUACUUCCUGGAAGUGUCUCUGCAAGAUUAUGCCUUUCUAAAUUAUGCACCUUCUUUAGUAGCUGCUGCAUGUGUGGCUUCUUCGAGGAUUAUCCUUCGUCUGUCUCCAACGUGGCCCACCAGACUGCACCGUCUCACUGCCUACUCCUGGGACUUCUUGGUGCAGUGUAUUGAGCGGCUGUUGCUUGCUCACGAUAACGAUGUGAAAGAAGCAAACAAGCAGAGGGGACAGUCGACUCCUCAGUCGGCACAGCUAACUGUGUUCCAGACAGCGCAGCCGUCACGGCCGGUUCACUUCCAGCAGCCUCAGUAUCUUCCUCAGAGCUCCCUGCAGUACCGACACCCUGUGUCAGAACAGCCAAGCCGUCAGCAGAUUGUGUCUACCACACACACCUCGUCUUACACGCUACAGACUUGUCCUGCGGGCUUCCACACUAGUGUUCAGGGCCUUGGCCACACGCAGACUGGUGUUGGGAUGUCCCUGGCAAUACCAGUAGAAGUUAAACCCUGCCUCAGUGUUUCUUAUAACCGCAGUUACCAGAUAAACGAACCUUUCCCGUGUAUCACCCCGUGCUUUGAGAGGUGAUGGCGUACGUGUGCAGGCCAUAGAUGAUCCAGACUGUUCUGAGACAGAUGGCUCUGGGGCAAGCUUUUUGUACUCCUCUUCAGAAGGAAAGGAUACAAGUAGUACCACAGUGCAACAGGCCCCGGCACCAGAAGGCUGAGUACCCCUUUCAGUACCGGGAGUGCUCAGGAGGACUCUGCAGGCACUGAUGUGUCAAAGCCCGUGUGACAGCAAUGUCCCGGUUCCUGACUGAUGCUCCAAGUAUUUCAAAAUGCUCAGUACAGCAGAAAACGUGCUGUUCUAAGAUUUGCCCAGUGAUCGGCUUUGGCCUCAUACUGGCAUAUAUGUCAAAGACUUAGUGUUUAAUCUGUGGACUUGCCAAACCAUCUUUUAUGAAGGAAGUUGCAGUAUUAAUUUUUGAAGAAUUGUUUUAAUCUUGCAGCUCAGAGGUUUGUCAUUAUUAUUUUUUUGACCUACUGGUAGGUUUCUAAAUUCAAACUCACCAGUUGCUACAUAUACUAAUCUGUGCAGUUAAAAAAAAAAUCCAGAUGAUUUUUAUAUAACUUCAUAUCAUAAAUACAGGUGCUGGACUUAUAUACUACAGUUAGGGGCGAAGCAGAUACAUACCUUGAAAUCAUGGUCAUAAUUUUUGUUUUGCUCUGCUGCCUUUUCCCCUUAAGUGAUCAGCCCCGAUUCCUCAGGGUUAAGCACAUUUAACUCAGGGACCUUGUAGCACUUGGAAACACUUGGCUCUAACCAACAUGCCUUGGGAGGAGCAUUAGGACAUGAACUACCCGUGUAACAUCGGCUGCAGUGCUCCUGCCGGGAUGAGAAUCGAUCACAGCACAGGACAAAUGACGCGGGUCCCGUGUUCAUGCAUGGACAGGCUGGGCAUCACCCAGUGCAGCCAGUGGCCCAUACUCAGAUUGGCUGUUGCUCCUGAAGACAGUUUUCAGGAGAAGGCAUUCUAUAAAGUGCCAGUGCUAGAGUCGAGUCGGGUAGGAUUGUUCUGGAGUUGAGGGUGGCUAGGGUAGUGCUCAGGGUGGGCUGUCACAGCACUUUUGUUAUGGGAGGGUGGUUCAGUGAGCGCCCUUGGGAUCCAGCAAGUCAGGCAAGCAGGGUGCUGAUCUCAGUAGCCGCUUUCUGUGGUUGGCUGUGUACCUGCCCCGGGACAAGUCAUUGCAUUGGCAGUGAGUGAGAACAGCAGUAAUAGCCAUACCUAGGGCGACCUGGCCGUGAAGUACUGUCGGGAAGUAGGGGGACAGGCUUUAAAAGUAAAAAGAUCACUGAUAAACCGUAAGCAUGGUUCUCUUACCCAUGGAAGAGGAGGGGCUGGUGGGGGCACACUUUCUGGUUUAAAAUGAGUAAGACAUGUUUGUUUUUAUAAGAUAGCACUUGAAUAGAAGGGAAAUGGUGGCAGCUAUAAGACACAGUGUCUAUUGGCGAGAGCUCACUGUAAAGAUGUGGGUAUGCAGCAGGAGUCAGUGGCCUUUUCUGGGAAGGGAAGGGAGGGCUCCACAGCCUGGUGGACUGACAGGCAGCUCUGAAGGAGAAGUGCCGGUGGGCAGCUUCUGCCAACAGGAGUUCUUCGAGAAGUGUGCUUUCCUUAAAAGGAAGCUGACUUUUAUAUUUAGCAUACAUAAGGCCUGGUGAUGAAAACCACUCAGGUAAGAACACUUGUGACAGUUUUCAAGCAUGAAAGCUGUUGUAGGAACGUAUCACUUUUCCUCUUUAAAAAGGCUGCUAAUUCGAUUUUAUAAUUCUUAAGAAAACUUGAAUUAUUAGGAGGAAGUAGGUUCAAAAGAUAAUGUAUCUUUCACGUUCACAGAUAGCGGCCCGCAGCACGGAGUCCAAUGUUCAGUAUUGUAACUACCUCAGUCAUGCUGUGAAUGUAAGAGAUUGGGAGAGAAUCCUAGCACCCAGUGCCUGUGGUGAUUUAAUGUCUCGUCGGUGCUUUUAUUGAUUGGUUGUAUGUCAUUCUUGCUGUCAGAGAAUACUUGCCUUUUUAAAGAAGCUUAUUAACACUUUCCAGUUUAUAUUUAAAAAGCUAAAGAACACUGGAUUAAUCCUUUUUGGGGGGUAGAGUCAAGUAAUUGAUGACUAUUGCUGCAUACCCAGAUGGGGAGGCUGGUGAAUCAGGAUUAUUUUUAAAAACAGCAGAAUUCAAUAUAUAAUGCAACUCAACAACAGUUAGCUGGGGGUGGGGUGCGUGUGGGUUUCGUUUAAUUUAUUAAUUAGUCUUAAGAGUUUUUUGGUUUUUUUUCUGUUUUGUUUUGUGAUUACUGGACCAUCAUUAAGUGUGUACUGUGAAGAGAUUAAUGAUGCGUGUAAAGGACUUAACCAGAGUCCACUAAAUAAACACUAUUCAAGUACAAAAAUGCAAACCAAAAUAUCUGUGCUAUGACUAACUACAAACAGUGAGUAUGGUGCUAAGUCUACACAGCAGGGUUAGAUGAGUGCUAUGCACUUGAUUUUAAAAUAAAAGUAGUUUUCACUAAAA